AUGAAUGCUAUUGAUAAAACAUUUGAUACACAAUCGAUACAUGUUGGUCAAGAUACGGACAAAUGGUUGGAACAAAGUAUUUUGCCAUUGAUCAAUCUGUAUACUCUUAAUUGCGAUGAGAAUCCAAUUCGGAUAGCAUUAGAAACGUACUUAGCCUCCUUAGACAAUGCGCAAUAUACCUUAAAAUAUUUACCAUCACGACGAGUCACUUCUUCCACAAUGAGUGAGAAUUUUCAACCAUUAUCAUCACAACAACAAGGACAUGGAGAUGAGAAACAAAGUUUUAAAUUUGAAACAAAUGCCUUACAUGUUGGUCAAGAGCCGGAAAAGUGGCCUGGACAAGCGGUUGUGCCUCCGAUAAGUAUGGCCACAACAUUCAAACAAAUUUCACCUGGUCAAGCACCUAUUUGGGAAUAUUCACGUUGUGGUAAUCCAACUCGACAAUGUUUAGAAGACUGCUUAGCAUCAGUUGAGAAUGCAAAAUAUGCAUUAACAUUUUCAUCAGGACUAGGGGCAACGACUACGCUCAUGUUUUUACUAAAAAGUGGUGAUCAUAUUUUAUCAAUCGAUGAUGUUUACGGUGGUACGGGGAGGUUAUUCAGACGUUGUAUGGCACAAAUGGGAGUUGAUAGUUCAUUUAUUGAUAUGACUAAUGCUGAUAAUAUUAGCUCACAAUUAAGAUCGAAUACAAAAUUAGUAUGGUUAGAAAGUAUGUUGUUAUAUUUCUUCUAAGAUCUGGUACGCUAAGGAAGGGAAAUGGUAGAAAGAGAAGAAAGGCGAAAAUUCAAAUAUAAGCUUAACCGAAGUUUCAGAUAGGUAAGCUAAAUAAGGCUUCAUAGGUAUAAAGGGGCGGGGGCGAUUAUCUGAUGAAAUCGGUCCAUGCCUGAAUUUCAUCGACUAAUUAACGACUAGAUGUGGAAUGAAGAGGGGAAUAUUUCUAGAUACUUAUUAGACCUUAGAAACACUCCCACAAAAAAAUUGGUCGAAUCGAAUUUGCUUAAGUUUCUACUGCAUUUGACAUAUGUUAUAGAUCGUAGUUUUGGAUCUUUCUCUCUCAGUUUCACAGUUUCUCACGACUAUUAUAUAUCAUUCGAAAGCUCUUUUUCUUCACUAUAUUUCUGUAUAUCACUUAUACGGAAAUAGCCGUUCUGAAGCCAAGUAUGUUUAGAAAUAUUUCUAGCUAUGGAAAAUGAUCUCCUACGUGUAAAAAGUCUCAGAUAUUCUAUGUCAACAUUUUUCAUUCGGCUACUACAAUAAAUAUACCAUUCGAUAGAGAAUUUGACGAGCUACAAUUGGAUAUAUAUAAUAUAGAGAAAAAGUGUCCUAGGACACCUUGACAUUAGAAAUAUUUCUGCAAAGCCAGAAUCCUGCUCAUAAUUCUCAAUUUUCUCCAUCAGAACUCAACUUUUAUACAAUAAAAAUAUCAUAUUCGAAAUCAGGAUCAAAAACUGAGUCGAUCAAUGUGUAUUUCGAAACGUUUAUUUGAUUUUGAUUUUUGGUGAAAAUCUUGGUAAUUUUUCAACGUGAAAAUUCGACAAAAACUAAAGUAGUCGGGUAGGACAGAAAUACACAUUGGUCGACUCACUUUUUGAAAAAUGUUGACAUAGAAUAUCUGAGACUUUUUACACGUAAGAGAUCAUUUUCCAUAGCUAGAAAUAUUUCUAAACAUACUUGGCUUCAGAACGGCUAUUUCCGUAUAAGUGAUAUACAGAAAUAUAGUGAAGAAAAAGAGCUUUCGAAUGAUAUAUAAU